ACUACUUCACUAUUGCUCCGUUCUGCGGUUAUUGGUAUCAAUAGUUUAGUCACUAGUGCCAUUUGCGUAGCGUGUAAGUACGCGAGAAGCAGCUGGUGGCCGUGUUUUUGUUGAUCGCAAACCGAGAAAGGGUCAUCACCCAAGCCAUAACGAUGGAGGAAGUGACACCAAGAUCGAACGAAUACUGGAAAAGGGCUUAUCUGGGCCCGCUACCGGAUGAAUUUCUACGCGUCACCACAGCGCAAGACAUCCAGGAGGUGACGGACAGGCAAGCUGCUUUGGCCCUCCAGAGUCACCAUAAUUCCUGCUCCCCGUACAUGGCUCCCAACAUUGUCGGUCGCUUGAGCAUUACCGUAGCGCAGGCUAAGCUGGUGAAAAACUAUGGCAUCACGCGAAUGGAUCCGUACGUACGCCUGCGGAUCGGACACUUUGUGUACGAAACACAAACGUGCCCGAACGGUGGAAGAAACCCUCGUUGGAACCGCGUUAUCCACUGCCAGCUACCGGCCGGCGUCGAUACAAUUGCCAUGGAAGUAUACGAUGAGUGCAAUUUCUCGAUGGACGAGCUGAUUGCAUGGACCGAAAUUCGCAUUCCCCAGUCGGUGCUUCGUGGUGAAACGCACGAAGAGUGGUAUCUGUUGAGCGGAAAGCAAGGAGAAGGGCUCGAGGGCAGCAUAGACUUGGUGAUGAGCUUUAACAACGUGGUCGUUCAACCGAGAAUGAUACAAACCAACGCGCCCGUUAUGCUCGUGCCGAACGUUGCCACAGGCACUCCGAUGCCGGUUUUCGUGGCCCCCAACCAACCGCAGGUCGCACGGCCACCCCCAGUGCUUACCGACGAAGAUCUGACACGCAUCCACGAGAUGUUCCCUCAGGUCGACAAAGAGGUCGUCAAGUCGGUGGCCGUAGCUAACAACCAGGAUCGAGAUGCGGUCAUCAAUGCGCUCCUCCAGAUGAGCAGCUAAAUUUCGCGCAAUAUCCGAAGGAUUAGAAUGCUUGCCGGAAUUGCGCUAUUCAUGAGCUGCUACUAGGGGGCCUAUUUGGUCAAACCUUCCAACGUUUAGAUGUUUGUGUUAAUAUUAUCGGAUGCUUGUAUAUUUAAUAAAUACCCUUACGCUAGCUA